AUGCCGAAAGCAAUUGUGAUGCAGCAUGUAGAGGGGAAACCAGGGAAGGUUUAUUAUCCCCUCCAACUCAAAGACCUCCCCACCCCCACCCCAGGCCCCAACGACCUCCUGAUAACAAUCCACUCCGCCGCCCUCAACCACAGGGACUUCUUCCUCCGCCAAUCCCUCUACCCCUCCCCCUCCUUCACCACACCCCUCCUCGCCGACGGCCACGGCAUCGUAACCUCAGUCGGCUCCUCCGCAUCCAAAUCCUGGCUCCACAAGCGCGUCAUCCUCGUCCCCGGCCGCGGCUGGAAAUCCAGCCCCGACGGCCCGGAAUCUCCAACUGGAUACGCCAUCCUAGGCGGUACGAAGACAAUCGAGUUGGGGACUCUCCAGGAGGUGGUCUGCGUGCAUGAGGAUGAGGUGGAGGAGGCGCCGGGACAUCUGAGUAGUGCUGAGGCGGCGGCUUUGCCGCUGACGGGCCUGACGGGGUGGAGGGCGUUCGUGAGUAAGAGCGGGAAUGCGGAGGCGGGCAGGAAUAUACUGAUUACGGGGAUUGGUGGGGGUGUCGCGUUGAAUGUGUUGCAGUUUGUGGUGGCGAUGGGGGCGAAUGGGUAUGUGACGAGUGGGACGCAGGAGAAGAUUGAGAGGGCGAAGAAGAUAGGUGCAAAGGGGGGAGUGAGCUAUAAGAGUGAGGGGUGGGAGAAGGAGUUGAAGGGGAUGUUGCCGAAGGAUAGGCCGUUUAUUGAUGCGGUUAUUGAUGGGGCGGGUGGGGACGUUAUUGCGAAGGCUGCGAAGCUGUUGAAGGUAUACAUUUCAUCUCUUCAAUUGUUCGAAGCUGUACUGAUAUGA